AUGAAGUGGGACACAGAGGGCAGGGAGAAGAUGGGCCGGGGGUCUCGCUAUCUGGAUUUCUUGGACAUCCUGCUGACCGCUCGUGACCCGGAUAGAGAGGGACUGACAGAUGACGAGAUCAGGGCUGAGGUGGACACUUUCCUAUUCGAAGGCCAUGACACGACAGCUAGUGGCAUCUCUUGGAGUCUGUACUGUCUCGCUAAACAUCCGGGACAUCAGGAUCGAGUCAGGGAAGAGGUGGACAUUGUUUUGACUGGAAAGGAUGAUGAAGAACUGACAUGGCAAGACGUCUCCAAACUGAAGUACUUGGCGAUGUGUGUGAAGGAAGCUAUGCGGCUCUAUCCUCCCGUUCCCAUAGUGUCACGUAGAACCACGCGAGAUUUCGACCUCAUGGGACAUCGUCUACCGGCGGGAGCGACCCUCAAUAUCAACACGUGGUGUCUUCACCACAACCGGGCUGUGUGGGGGGAGGAUUUCAUGGAGUACAAACCCGACAUGUUUUCAUCCGAGAACAUGAAGAAGAUGGACGCCUAUGCUUUCAUUCCAUUCUCUGCCGGACCUAGGAACUGUAUUGGCCAGAACUUUGCCCUGAAUGAAGAGAAGGUGGUGAUAGCCAGGAUACUACACAGGUAUAAGGUCGAGCUCGUUCCCGAUCAUCACGUGGCCCCAGUCCUAGAGCUCGUCACCAGGGCAGUCAAUGGCAUCAAGGUCAAAUUCAUCCCGAGGGGCUAGUGUGCACUACCCGUGAUAACAGUGGGGU